UAGUACGGCGGCUGCGGCGCCAGAUGUCUCUGACGUCAGUGCAUUGAGAUUCUCACUACGAAAGCAGCACCACUUUGCUCCUCCGUCCAACAAUUAAAUCAUCAAUUCCGACGAACACGGGCAUCUCUAUCUAUCUGGACGAUCAUGUCUCUGGACGAGCGUUUUAACAAGGCGGCCGAGGACGUCAAGAAGCUUAAGACUUCGCCCAGCAACGACGAGCUGCUCGAUAUCUACGCGCUUUUCAAGCAGGGAUCUGUCGGAGAUUGCAACACAGAUAAGCCUGGCAUGCUCGACUUCAAGGGCAAGGCAAAGUGGGAAGCCUGGAACGCCAAGAAGGGACAAUCUCAAGACGCUGCCAAAGAGGCCUACGUCGCAAAGGUCGAAGAGCUGGUGGGCAAAUAUGGGGUCAACUGAAACAUAUUUUUUGUCAAUUAAUUAACGCUUUAACAAUUAUCAUGUCUGUUAGAUUUUUUUAUACCUCUUGUUUAUUGUAAAAGAAAAUAUAUCUUUAGUUGAAAUUUGGAAA